AUGCAAAGUGAAAGUAAGAGCGAUGAUAACGGUCGGAAGGCCCUUCGGACUCCGAAGUGUGCUCGCUGCAGGAACCACGGUGUCAUCUCGUGUCUGAAGGGCCACAAGAGAUUGUGUCGUUGGAGGGAUUGCAGAUGUCCAGGAUGUCUUCUCGUCCUGGAGAGACAGAGAGUUAUGGCUGCUCAGGUAGCUCUUCGUCGACAACAGAGUUCGGGUGGCACAGCGAGAGAGGGAGAAGCCGCUGCUCUGGCUGCAAGGAAACGAGCUUACCGAGCGAGGCUCAGAACGGUUCAAAUAUCGAGACACUACGCAUUACCGGAUAAUAGUUACGGAGCUAUGAGAAGCUCGGAUCCUGUGUGGAGCGAGCGUGUUCGAAGACGCAAGGCCUUCGCAGACGCGAGUCUUGAACAGCCGAUACCGCUGCCGGCCCCCGGCUUGUGUUCACACUUACUGGCUGCGUUACUUCACUACGUGCCACCACAACCACGACCCAAAAUAUCAUUCUCCAUCGAGUCCAUUAUUGGUGUUCAGUAG